AUGCCUAUUCCAUUUGAAGGGUUCUUACCAUAUGCCAUCAUGACCGUAUUCUACGGUGUCGCCGGCCAUGGUGUCCAAUUUAUUAGAUAUUGGGACAAUGGUUGGAAAAAUGAUAGAUAUAAUUUAGAUGAAUGGGAUGAUAAAAUGAUGGCGAGAGAUUUCUUGUUAACGGGGGUUGAGAGGGGACAGACUAGUGAAGCGGUUGCUCCUGAACAUUUCAAGACUAGUCAUAUUAAGAAACAAAGAUAUUAUUCUACUUAUGGUGAUAGAAUGUUUACUUUGAGAGAAAGAUUGUAUAGAGGUUAUGUGUUUGGUGAUUGGGAUUGGUCGUAA